AAGUUCUCCCGAGGAAGGAACUGCGCAGAGGAGGGCCAUGUCGUAGCUCCUUCCCCGAGGCUUUUUGGGCGUUCUCCUCGCAACAAUUUCGUGUCUGAGAUGUCGACAUGGGUGGGAAGGACAGCAAGCCCCUGUCCCUCUCGUACGAAGAGGCAGUGAAGAGAGUAAGUGAUGCUGAGCUGACCCGCUUGAAGGAUGCCUACAAGCGCACGGCCACCCUCAAUGGGUCCAUCACCAAGCAGGCAUUCAUCCGCGAGGUCCUGGGGGAGGGGGUGCCUCUACAGCUAGCAGAGCUGAUAUUUGUGGCAUGCGGAGGAUCUGCGAAAGGGAUUGUCUUCAAGGACCUCCUGUGCAGCUUGGUGCUACUGACUCGAGGCAAUAGAGAGGAGAAGAUAAAGUUUAUAUUUGGUGUAUAUGCAAAUGAAGCCGGCAGCCAUGUUUUGCGAAGUGAGAUGCUACGCCAGCUGCAGGCUACAGAAGGAGGCUACAACCCAGAGAUUCUCCAUAAAUGCUUUGGCCAAAGUGAACGUGUUAGUUAUGACGAAUUUAGAGACUGGCUAAUAUCCCAUCCUGAUGCUACAACUGUCACACGUUGGCUCCUAGCUGAACCGUGCCAUGUGUCACUCUCCAAUGACUUGGAGACGCCAACCUUCUAUCAGACACUGGCGGGAGUAACACACUUGGAGGAGAAGGACAUUCUAGAAUUGGAGAAAUGGUAUUGGAACCUCAAAGGCUCCUCACCAACGGGAAAGCUCGACCCAGACACACUUGUGCCGCUCAUAUCACCUCCACUACCUCCCAUGCUUGCCAAAGGAGUCUUCAAUGCUUUUGAUGAAAACAGAGAUAACCAUAUUGACUUUAAGGAAAUGGCAUGUGGAAUAUCUGCUGCUUGCCGUGGACCCCAAACAGAAAGACAAAAGUUUUGCUUUAAAAUCUUUGAUCGGGACCGUGAUGGAAAGCUCUCCAAGGAAGAACUAGUGGCCAUGGUUCAGGCUCUUCUUCUUCUGAGGGAUGAGGAACAGGAUGCUGAUAACGAUGAUGUAUGUUUAGGGGUUUCACCAGAGGCCGUCCAGAAACUUGUGAAGGAGCUGCUGGAGAACCACGAUCCGACCAACUCGGGCUUCGUCACCCAGGAGGAGUACCUCAUGUGGACCCUGCACAAUGCGCUCUCCUCAGCCCUGCUUGAUAUCAUAUUCCAGGUGUGCCAUAUUGUCCUGGGGCUCAAGCCAAGUAGUCCCGGGGAAGAGGGAGAGAUAGUCCUAGGUUGGCUACGCAGAGCCGAGUGCAAGUCUCUUACUAUUGGCCAGUUCUGGUAUAUCAUCAACAUGGAAUGGUGGAAUCUGUGGCUAGAAUAUGUGAAUUACCAGCAUUCAGCUGGAUCAGACAGCAGUUCCUUGAGUCCCUCCUCUCACAGUAGUUCCCCAGCUAACUCCCAGUGUGGAUCUCUCAAGCGGACCAAAUUGCAGAAGAAGUCGGCCCAUUCCGAAGGAACUGUGGCCUCUGAUGCAAGCAAUAGCGUGCUCGUAACCAGCAUAGCCAGCUUAGGGGGUGCUGACUCUGUCUCCUUGACCAGCCUAGAUAGUGAGGGGUCGCUCAAUCGGACGGAGCAGCCCGGGUCGCGGCAAGGAUCUCUGCAGCGCCACGCCCCGGCCACGUCGAGUCCCAGAAAGAAUUUUAGCUCGGGCAAUCUAGCGGUCUACGGUCACGAGACGAGCAGAUGCAGCAGUACCUCAAGUCCAAGUCACUCCCCUCGUUUAACGCGUCGCGCUGCCACCAGUCCAGGGCCGCUGUUGGUUCCAUCUCGCCCACCUGCAAUAGAUAACUCUCCUCUAGUCGAACCUAAUACAUCCAAAGUAAUGCUGCUAACCGGUGAAGGUGGGCGUUUGAAGCGAAAUGUGCCAUUGGUUCAAGGCCGAGACUUUGUCCUUGUUCCAGAUUCUUUAUGGAAAGCUCUCCAACAGUGGUAUGGAGGGUCCCCUGCUCUGCCCAGACAGGUCAUCCACGGACGAUCCAGUGGAGAAGUGGAGCUAGAGUUGUACCCAGUGACUCUGAGACUAUUCCGCCACGUCCAGCAGCAGACCAGAACGCCCAACAAUUCGUGGGUGGGAGUUGUUGGUGGAUAUGGCGCUGCAGCUCUGAAUUCAGCCCCAUACUAUGUGACUUCCCUGCCCAGCUCCACAACCUCUUCCCCCAAACGAUACCUGGCCUACCUUGCAGCAUUUAGUCGCUUGGCAACUUUACGGCAGGUCUAUGAUUACCUUGCCACAAAGUUGAGAUUGCGCAUUGAGGAUAUGAGACUUUGGUGUGUUCGUGAUGAGCCUGCAGGAAUGAUCUUGCUGGAGGAGGAGGACAUCACCCUCGAGGAAGUUGGCGUCGGGGAUUUGUCGCAAGUGCUGAUUGAGGUUCGCAACAAGGACCUGACUUGGCCCGAGGAAAUGAGCCAGAUAACAUCCACGAAGAUGAUGCGAACUCAGUCCAGACAAGGGGGCAAUGAGAAAGGAGUUACAGGGCUGAACAACCUUGGCAACACUUGUUUCCUGAAUGCAGCCUUGCAGUGUUGCUCCAACACAUACCCUCUCACCACCUAUUUCAUCAAGAACAUGCACCUGUAUGAGCUCAACCCAGGGAACCCAUGUGGCAUGAAGGGGCACAUGGCUCGGCAGUAUGGCAGUCUCAUGCAGGAGAUAUGGGGAGGUGGAGUGAAGACUGUGGCACCACUCAAGCUCAGGUGGACAAUAGGGAAGUACAGUGGCAACUUCACCGGGUUCCAGCAGCAUGAUUCUCAGGAGCUGCUUGCCUUCUUACUGGAUGGCUUGCACGAGGACCUCAACAGGGUUCAUAACAAGCCGUACAUUGAGCUCAAGGAUUCUGAGGGUCGUCCUGAUACUCUUGUUGCUCAGGAGGCAUGGGAGAAUCACAUUUUGCGAAACAAGUCUAUAAUUGUGGAUCUCUUCCAUGGCCAGUUAAAAAGUAAGGUCACGUGUCGUGUGUGCAACAACGAAAGUGUGCGUUUUGAUCCCUUUACAUAUCUCACCCUACAACUACCUAUGGAGAGCUACGUUUAUUUGGAAGUGAUAGUUAUCAAACUUGAUGGUAGUGUGCCUGUGAAGUAUGGGCUCCGGCUCAACAGUGACAGUCGCUACUAUGACGUCAAGCAGCAGCUCCACCUUCUGACCAGUAUACCUCCACACCAGAUGAUGCUCAGUGAACUGGCAAAUGGUCAGAUCAAGUCUAUUCCUAUGGAUGAGGGUCGGGUGCGAGCAGUCUCAGGAAGUGCACUCUUUUGUUAUGAAUUGCCAUCCCCCACCUCCUCCCAUGCCAGUGAAGUCAGGUCAGCCACACGGAGUGCAAGAGACCGACAUGUAUUUACUCAUAUACAACGAUCUACCCACCAUAGCUCUCCCUGCUUAAGAGAAGGCAUCAGCAGUCCCUCCCACAGCAAUGGAACCACUGAGAGUUACAUCUCAAGUCCUAGUAGUCUGGAGAUCAAUAGCAGCAAGUUGAGUCUGCAAUCUAGUCACCCUCUGCCUGAGCAGGAAACUGCUGCAAGCAAUGCCAUCCAGCGCAAGGACAGUAACAGUAGCUUAUCGUCCACCUCAUCAGGGCCCGCCUCUUCCACAUGCUCAUCCAUUCAGCAUGACAACGACCUCUAUAAUACUCACAAAGGAUUUAUUACUGCCUUUCAUAGAAAAAUGAUGCGACAAGAGGUCUACUUCCUGUCAUCACAAAAGACAAGGCCAAGUUUAUUUGGACUACCUCUAGUUGUACCGUGCAGUGCUUCAAGUACACACCAAGACCUCUACCAGGCAGUGUGGACCCAAGUUUCAAGACUGGUGUCUCCUCUGCCACCAUCUGAGGCUGCAGGGCCCAACCAUGCACAUGACUGUGAUGAUAGUUUGGGUUAUGAAUUCCCAUUUGUGCUACGAGUAGUGGAGCGUGAAGGCCUACAAUGCGCGCUGUGUCCAUGGUACAGAUUUUGCCGUGGUUGCCAGCUACCCUGUGAUGACAACACCUUCCCACAAAAUGCAGCUUUCUUAGCGAUUGAUUGGGACCCCACGGCACUUCACUUGCGAUACCAGACUGUGUUAGAGAAGGUGGUCUUAGAGCAUGCGAGUGUGGAAGAAAUGCGCCGCAAACAUGUGGAGCCCAUUGCACUCUCGGAUUGCCUGGAGGCGUUUUGCUCUGAGGAAACCCUUGAGUAUUCCUGUGACAAGUGCAAGAAAGUCCAGCAGGCAGCCAAGAAGUUGCAGAUUUGGAGACUACCACCAAUUCUAAUUGUGCAUCUGAAGAGAUUCCAGUUUGUGGGCAACAAGUGGAUUAAAAGCCAGAAGAUUGUGGACUUCCCUCUGCGUGACUUCGACCCCACAGAGUACCUAGCCUCUGUGCCAAGACAGACGAUCCACUUGCACAGGGCUGAGCUAGAAGGGGUAGACCCUGCUGUGUAUCUGGCCUCACUACAGGAGAGAGACAAUAUCUUCCUGGAGAUUGUGCCAGAGAACAAGAUAAUUGAACACCUCAAGGGCAGCACAGAUGAUGAACUUACACUGAAGAGUGGAAAGCCUUCUCUCAAUGGUUCUAUAAAUGGCAGCAUACCCAGCAAUUUGGCCAGCCCCUGUCCAAGUACCCCCUAUGAUGGUUCCCUGAAAAGUGGUGAAGGGAACAACAAGCGGCGAAUAAGAAAUGGGUCCGUCCUCUAUGGGGAAACCCUCCAAGACUUCCAUCAGCACCGCCUGGAGGAAGGGCACGACCCAUUGGACCUGAAGUACGACCUCUAUGCUAUUGCGUGCCACACGGGUAUAAUGGAAGGUGGCCACUAUGUAUGCUAUGCCAAGAAUCCCCAGGGGAAGUGGAUAUGCUUCAAUGACAGUAGUUGCAAGGAGGUAACAGAGUCGCAAAUUGAUCUCAAUUCUGCGUACAUGUUGUUCUACCAGAGAGCAGGGCUCAGCGUAGAUAAAUAUUUACCCAACAUUGAGGGUAAAGUACCUUAUCCCAAAGAAAUGGAUGAAGAGAGUGAGGCAGAGUAUAAGAAGCAGUGCGUAAUGAUAAGUAAGAAGAGGCUAAGUUUAAUGUUACAGAGAGGGAAUGCAAUCCUAAAUAGCCAGCUGUACAAACUUUGUGUUGAUCCCAUGUGGAAGAGGUAGAGGAACUGGUUUAGGUAUUCCUUUUUCAUUCUUUUUUUUUUGUUAAUGCAAGUUGUGUGUUUUAUGCAGAAGGCGAUCAUGAGGAGACCUGGUCGGCCAGUGCCAGUGUGACAGUUGUCAUUUUCUUUUGUAUUUGAUGUGUGAACUAGAAGUGGUUGGCAUAGUGCCAGUUAACAUGUGAAUUUUAUUGACAGUUUAGUUCUGAUAGUAGGUUAAGAUAUGAGCCAAAUAUAGCCAUCAACUUCUUUGUUUUAACUGAAAUAUAUCUUUUUUGGUUUGUAUCUUAGGCAUCAGGUUUAUAUGAUGGAAUUUUGAACUACACAAAUUGUGUCAAAAAGAUUUUGUUGAUAAUUUCUUAGUUCUUUUUCAAUACUG